AUGGCAUCCAACCUCAGGGUUUUCAGUGGCCGAAGUGUUGAUGGCGUCUCUACGGUGAUGCCAGAAGUGAGCUCAUGGCUUUCGGAGAGCUUGCAGGAGAUCAGUGACGUGAGGGACCACUCGGAUCACCUCAUGGUAUUCUGGUGCAAUAUGAUUACCGCUGGCAUAGUGUCUGCAACCAAAUCAGACUUUGUGGUGAGCUUUUUGGCCAACAAGCUCACCGAGUUCAAGCGGAAUGGGGUUGGCGUGGUCAUCCACAGCAACCGUGCGGCACAACUGUCUUUUGACAAGUCACUUGAAUCCUGCUAUGGCAAAAGGGAUGGAAUCCUGCACGGACUCUUGGUCAUUGCCCAUGACAAGCAGAACAUCGUGCGCCAAACAAGAGCAUUCAAGCGUGGAGUUGUGCACUCGGUGAACAUGUGCCCUCGCGCUGAUUUCUACAAGCCUGAGGCGGCCACUGGAAGCUUGCCUCAUCUUGGCCGAGCUUUCACCGAUUGCCAAGAAGCUCGGCAGGAAUCAGCUGCAGCGCGUCGCACCCUUUGCGCGACCCUCAUGAUUGAUGCUGCAGCAGACGAUAUGACCAGGCGUAUUGGCAACAAGGUGUAUGACAUGUGCAGAUCCUCCACUUUGGAUCUGCAGGGGUUUCCGAACUUCCAGCCGCUCAUAGAUGCAUUGAGGGAGGGUGUGAACGAGGAACCGCCCAAGGAUUUCCAAGUCUGCCGCCAACUUGGCAGCGCUCUCUAUGUGCUAGAGGUGUACGCGCGCAAGUUCAUGGACCAUGAGGGGACCCGGGACCGUGCUACCGCUCUGCUUGCAGAGCACAACGCGCAGUUCAACAAAGAAGCGCCUGAGUUCCUCCAGCCUGAUGAGGCCCAGAAGGCUGCCACUGCUCCAGCGGAACGGCCUCUCAAGCGGAUCAAGAUUGAAUCUGGUGACACCGUCGCGGAAUCGGAGGAAGCAAAAGAAGUGAUGGCCGAUUCUGGUGGCAAAUGGUUCUUGUUUGCCCCCGUUAUGGACACGACCUUGUUUGUGCUGGAGGCAAAAGGCCUUCCAGACCACUUGGCCAAAAGCUCGGUUGUGGACACGCCCUCCACCUUGGAGCAAGUGCUUCUAAACUUGGAAGAUGGUGGUGAGGUGAACGUCAAAGUCAGCCAUCACGUUAUCAGCGCUGAUGGGGACAAGCGAACUGUGAACCCUGAAUCGUCAUUGGUGUUCGUUCUGGACAUCAAGGAUGACGAACCCAAGAAGAAACCAAAAGGAAAAAAAGGGAAAGAAAAACAAACAGGAAUCUGA